AUGUUCAAUCGUUCAUCAUUGAACAUUACAUCAUCAUCAGUUUCACAACAACAGCAGCAGCUGCAACAACAACAAUCAUAUAAUACAGUACAUCCGGUAUCAUCACCACCUCCACCACCGGUAUAUCAACCACCACAACCAAGUUGGUGGAAUACCGGUCUAGCUGGAAUUGGUGGUGGCCGUCGUAAUUCAUAUGUGAAUGAAGAUGUUGAAGAUCCAUACCAACAACAACAACAACAACAACAAUCAGUACCAAGUAUUCAAAUUGAUCAAUCGAAUGGUUAUAUAAAUCCAUCAUCACCAACACAUUCUGGUUCUUCACCAACAAAUCAAUCAUAUCAUCGUCCACGUGCAAAUUCAUCAAUAACAGCUGCACGUAAUAAAUUACGUAUUAUGGCAAUGUUAGAUGAUGUACGAAAAAAACGUGAACUUCGUGAUCGUCGUAAAUCGGAUAUAAUGGCCUAUCUUGAUGAUCUGAUCGUACCGGAUGAUCCAGCAAUGGCUAAUGCUGCAGCUGGUGCAUUGAAACUUUAUCGUAGAAGAUUUUCAAUAUAUCAAUUUUUAAAUCAUCCAUCAACAAGUACACCAUGGUCAAUUACGUAUCAUGUGAUGGUUUUUGUUAUUGUAUUUGUCUGUUUAAUAUUGACAAUUUGUGCAACAAUUCAACAGGCACCAUUACAGGAAAAAGCAAUAAAAUCUGUUUAUAUGCUUGAAAAGGUUGUUGUUGUUUGGUUUAAUAUUGAAUUCGGUUUAGGUCUUUGGUCUUGUGCUUGUAAAAAACGUUAUCGUGGUCUAAUGGGUAAAGUUCGUUAUCUAACAAUACCAUCCAGAUUGAUUGAUUUUGUCAUAUUAAGUUUUACAACCAUUGUAUUGAUUGUUAAUCCAAGUAAAACUGGCCAUGAAGUUUUUGUUGUAUCAGCAUUUCGUGGUUUUCAUCGUUUUUUUCAAGUAGCACAAGUAUUGACAUUAAAUCGUCCAUUAAAACCAUGGAAAGUGUUAGCAUCGGUUAUUUAUGAUCAACGUGAACAAUUGUUUAUUAUUUAUUAUACUGAAUUUAUUGUUCUUUGUGUAUUGGCUUAUGUUGCAUUUUUAGUUGAAAGAGAUACAAAUGAUAAUUUCAAUAGUAUUGCCGAUGCUAUGUGGUGGGCGAUCGUUACACUUUCAACAGUAGGAUAUGGUGAUCGUGUGCCGGUUACAUGGAUUGGUAAAAUCAUUUCAACAAUGUUCACAAUAUUAGGUGUAGCGAUAUUUGCAUUGCCUGCCGGUAUUAUUGGCACUGGUUUAGCAUUGAAAAUUGAAGAAGUUGAACGGAAUAACAUACGUAAUAGGAAAAAAGUUGCCGCAGCCAUUCUUAUACAGCGUGCAUAUCGUUCAUGGAAAGCACAUCGUACAUAUGAAUUGGUAUCGAAUUUUUUUCGUGAACGUCCAAUGCAAAUAUAUAAACAACAUGAUUAUCUAUCGAUGGCACAAAAAUUCAUUGCACUAGUACAAUUUUUGGCCGCAUUGAAUAAAUUUCGUGAAUUAUUGCGACCAGUUGAUUGGAAAACCGUCAUGCAAAGCUAUAGUGAUGGUCAAACAGAAGUUUUAUUACGUACAAAAUUAGUACAACAAUCAAUUGAAGAAUUAUCACGUCGUGUUGAAAUGACUGAAAAUCGUGUGGCAAAUAUGUCAAUGAAAAUUGAAACCAAACAAAAUACAUUUGAAAGACGUAUUGAUCAUAUCAGACAAUUGAUGGAAAGUUGUCAUAGACAAUUAUUAGCCAAUCAUUUAUUGGUAGAAUUAUUACGUACAAAUAAUCAACGUUAUCAUGUUAGUUCAACAAUGACCACUGGUAGAAAACAUACAUCAUCUACGGCAUUAUCAAAUCGUGUCAUUGGUGGUGGUCAACAACAACAACAACAACAACAAACACCAUUACAAUCAACAUUGAAUUCGAAACAAUCAAUAAACAGUACAGUACAGAAUCGUUCGAAAACAACAACGGCGACAACAACAGCAUCAAAAUCACUUCAAAAAAAUUCAAUAACUCAAACAUCUAUAAUCGAUAAUAUUUCGAAUGAAUCAAAGCAACCACCACCAACACCAUCACUAUUGAAUCCGAAUAAAUCAUCAAAUAGUAAUUUACCAAAAUCAACAAUAACUAGACCGAAUCAAUUGAAUUUGGAAAAAUUAAAAAAUCUUUAUCCAAUUGCAUCAUCCGGUAGUAAUACAAGCAUUGAUGAUGAUGAUAACACUGAUAAUGAUGAUGAUGAUGAUGAUGAUUUUUUUAAAACUACCACCACUACGACAACAACAACAACAACAACAGGUCAAACAGCUAAUCAAUCAAAUAAUCAAGGAAUUAAUCGAACAUCGAUGAUCAACACUACAAAUAAUAUCGGCACACCAGCACCAGCAACACCAGUAAUAUCAUCAUCAGCUGGACCAAUUAUUUCCGUUCCAUCACCAUUAUUUUCAUCACAACAACAACAA